AUGUCGUCAGCCGUGACGAAGCCAAAGGAUGAGGUUGAGAGGACUAAGAAGUCCUAUAUUCUUCACUCCGAGGUCUUCGCCAAUGGAGAUCUCCUGACUGAUGCCUUCGAUGGUGAGAACCGCGAGCACGAAAUGGGGGUUUGGGAGGCUGCUAAGUCUCAUCCAUGGGCAUGUCUCUGGGCAUUCACCAUGUGUUUCACGAUCGUUAUGGAGUCUUUUGACAUGUUUUUGAACAGUAAUUUUGUCGCACAAAAGGCCUUCCAGAAAACAUUUGGUGUCCUCACUGAUGCCGCUACUGGCACCUAUGCAAUCCCAACGAAAUCGCAGAGCUCCCUUUUCCAAGCUGGACAAUGCGGUGCCUUUAUUGGAGUCUUUUUGGCCGGACCUAUUACAAACCGUAUCGGCUACCGCUGGACUACAGUCUUGGGCCUGGUUCUUAUGAACGCUACAAUUUUCAUAUCGUUCUUCGCCAACUCUCUCACCGUCCUUGUAAUUAGCCAAGUAUUUGAGGGCGUCCCUUGGGGUCUCUUCAUUGCAAACUCUCCCGCCUAUGCUAGCGAAGUUGUCCCCCUCCCCCUCCGAAGCGCUGUUACGGCUACUUUACAAAUGAGCUGGUCUAUUGGUCAAAUAAUUGUCUCCGUUGCAACCUACGCAACAAAUAAAAGAACUGACUAUUGGGCUUGGCGACUACCUCUUGCCUUGCAAUGGCUCUUCCCUACUCCCCUUCUAAUCCUCGUCUUGCUUGCCCCCGAGUCUCCCUGGUGGCUCAUUCGUCGGGGACGGAAACAAGAAGCCCUCCGCUCCAUUGAGCGUCUUGGUAAAAAACCAGAGGCUGCCCCGAAGUCACUUGCCAUGAUAGAGCGAACUGUGAAGAUUGAGGAGCAGCUGGGUGGUGCACCUACCCUCUUCGACCUCUUUCGGGGUACCGACUUGAGGCGAACAACAAUCAUCUGCUCGAUGUACGCGUCCCAGAACUUCGCUGGUAACCUGAUUGCCAAUCAAGCAACGUUUUUCUUUGAACAGGCCGGUAUCUCUUCAGACGGAGCUUUCAAACUCAGCUUGGUCAACUCAUGUCUCCAAUUAGUUGCCAACGCAUGUUCUUGGUUCCUGAGCUCCUGGUUUGGCCGUCGAACCAUCUAUCUCUACGGUACCGCCGUCAACGUUACCCUGCUCAUCAUUCUCGGGCUUGUCGGCUCAGUUGAGCAGAACAACAAUACCAACCUCACCCAGGCAGCGUUAGGUAUCCUCAUCUCUUUUGUGUUCGCUGGUGCAAUGGGACCAAUCUCAUACACUAUAAUUGCCGAGACAUCCUCUGUCCGCCUUCGCGCUUUGAGUACUGGUGUCGGUCGUGCCGCCUACUACGUUGCUGAGAUUCCUAUGAUCUACCUUUCCUCAAAGAUGCUUAACACUACCGGAUGGAACUUGGCCGGAAAGUGUGGUUACGUCUGGGGAUGUACCGCUGCCUUCUGCUGGGUGAUGGCCUACUUCUUCCUUCCUGAGCUCAAGCACCGCUCUUACCGUGAGACUGACAUCUUGUUCAACCGCAACGUUCCUGCCAGGAAGUUCAAGUUGACCGUUAUUGAUGUCAAGGAUAACGAGUAA